AUGUUUGACAACACGCAGUACCCCUAUAACUGCUUUAAUUACGACGGGGAUGAUUAUCCUACCUGUAGUUCUGAUGAAGAGAAAAAAUUCACCAGACCAGCAUACAGCUACAUUGCCUUAAUUGCAAUGGCCAUCCAGCAAAGUCCGUCAAAUAAAGUCACCCUCUCUGGCAUUUAUGACUUUAUAAUGAAGAAAUUUCCUUACUACAGAUCAAAUCAAAGAGCCUGGCAGAACUCCAUCCGACAUAACUUGUCGCUUAACAGUUGUUUUGUAAAGGUUCCCAGAACAGAAGGGAAUGAGAAGGGGAAAGGAAACUAUUGGAGCUUUGCCACAGGAUGCGAAUCCAUGCUGGAUCUCUUCGAAAAUGGCAAUUACAGGCGAAGACGGAGGAGGAGGAAUGUGAAAAGGGAACAUAAAGAGCAGAGACCAAGCAGAGGGAAAAGUCCUUUAUCCCCUGAUAUGUCUUCUGUGGACUCUGCUUUAAACAACAUUUCCUCUUCUGUAAGUAAACACGAAAGAAUUGAAUCAGGACCAAGACUACUGGAGCCUCAUGGGUUUGCUCCAAACAGCAUGACCAACAGGCAGAGCCUGAGCAACUCCUCCUUAGCAAAAUCGGAUUCUGAAAUUAAAUUCAGCAUUGAUUACAUUCUUUCAGCCCCCGACCCUUUGCCUGUCCUGAGAUCUCAGUAUAAUGUGCAAGAAAAUAAAUAUCAUCUACUGGAGGCCCAGCAAAUUAAUCUCCACUUCUGGACAAUGUGA